AUCGAACAAGUCUCUUUGCAGACGACUCCGAUGAUGGCUGCCUUCUUGCUAGGGCUGCUUCGCCCUCUCUCCGGCGAAAAAUCUCAACCCCAAACCCUCUAAUUUCAUAGUUCGAUACAGAGAGAAUUUUAGAGAGAGUGAGUAUGGGGAAUAAGAUCGCUCGAACGACGCAAGCUUCGGCGACGGAGUACUACCUCCAUGAUCUACCUUCGUCGUACAAUUUGGUGCUGAAGGAGGUUUUGGGAAGAGGACGCUUCUUGAAAUCGAUACAGUGUAAGCAUGACGAAGGGCUUGUCCUCGUCAAGGUCUAUUUCAAGCGAGGAGACUCGAUCGAUCUUCGAGACUACGAGCGACGACUCUCCCAAAUCCGCGAGAUCUUUCGCGGACUCGAGCACCCCCAUUGCUGGCCUUUCCAGAUUUGGCUUGAAACAGAUAAAGCUGCUUAUCUGUUGAGGCAAUACUUCCUCAAUAAUCUUCAUGACCGGUUGAGUACUCGGCCUUUUCUCAGUAUUGUUGAAAAGAAAUGGCUGGCUUUUCAGCUAUUGUAUGCAGUGAAGCAAAGCCACGAGCAUGGAGUUUGUCAUGGUGAUAUUAAAUGCGAGAAUGUGCUUGUCACUUCAUGGAAUUGGCUUUACCUUGCUGACUUUGCAUCUUUCAAACCUACUUAUAUUCCCCAUGAUGACCCCUCCGAUUUCUCAUUUUUCUUUGACACUGGCGGAAGAAGGCGUUGUUAUCUUGCUCCCGAGAGAUUCUAUGAACAUGGAGGUGAGAUGCAAGUUGCUCAAGAUGCACCACUAAAGCCAUCUAUGGACAUCUUUGCUGUAGGGUGUGUAAUUGCGGAGCUUUUUCUCGAGGGUCAGCCUCUUUUUGAACUAUCCCAGCUUCUUGCUUAUCGAAGAGGGCAGUAUGAUCCUAGCCAAAAUCUUGAGAAGAUCCCAGAUUCAGGUAUCCGUAAGAUGAUUAUUCACAUGAUUCAGUUGGACCCUGAGUUACGAUUUUCUGCUGAAAGCUACCUUCAAAGCUAUGCAAGUGUAGUAUUUCCGAGUUACUUCUCACCGUUUCUGCAUAAUUUCUAUUCCUGCUUGAACCCACUUGAUUCUGAUACAAGGGUUGUGAUGUGCCAGACUGUUUUCCAGGAGAUACAUAAACAAAUGAUGAACAAUAGGUCCAAUGAGGAGACAGGAAUUGGAGUUGGCACACAAUCAAACACUAUAGGUGGCCAAUCAUCACAACAGAUGGAUACAAAGCAAGGCUUUGAUUUGACAGAGGAUUCUUUGAGAAAAAAGGAAGAGGUAGAAAAGGGCUCAGUUGAUGAUCGUCUUGAACUUCUCGGUGAUAUCAAUAAUCUACUACGGGACGUGAAACAAAGUUAUCGAUAUUCCAGUGUGAAACCAAUGCUGGAGGAUGUAGCCAGUUCUGCAUAUUCUCAAAAUUGCAAACAGUGUGGCUUGCAGUCUCCUGGUGAGCUAUUGCAAACUAUCUCCAAUGUGUUUAAAAGAAAUCACCACCCCUUUCUGAAAAAGGUUACAAUGAAUGAGUUACACUCGUUGAUGUCAGAUUAUGACAAUCAAUCAGACACUUACGGAAUGCCUUUCUUACCGUUACCCCUGGACAGUGUGAGCUGCGAAGGUAUGGUUCUCAUUGCAUCACUGCUGUGUUCCUGCAUACGCAAUGUCAGGUUGUCCCAUUUGAGGAGGGGGGCUAUACUUUUACUGAAGUCUUGCUCCUUAUAUAUUGAUGAUGAAGAUCGAUUGCAGCGUGUGCUUCCAUAUGUUGUUGCAAUGCUUUCCGAUCCAGCAGCAAUUGUGCGUUGUGCUGCCUUGGAGACUUUGUGUGACAUUCUGCCUUUAGUCCGAGAUUUUCCUCCUAGUGAUGCUAAAAUUUUUCCAGAGUAUAUUCUUCCAAUGCUUUCCAUGCUUCCUGAUGAUCCGGAGGAAAGUGUGAGAAUAUGUUAUGCCAGCAAUGUAUCUAAGCUGGCGCUAACUGCUUAUGGGUUUUUGAUUCACUCAAUAAGCCUGAGUGAGGCAGGUGUUCUCAAUGAAUCAAAUUCGCCUCAGAAGUCAUUCGCCCCAUCUACUGAGACUUCUGGACGGUUGCAGAGUCUGAACAGUGAUGCACAGCUUGCACGGUUGAGGAAGUCCAUAGCUGAGGUCAUUCAAGAACUUGUAAUGGGCCCAAAGCAAUCUCCAAAUAUCAGGAGAGCACUCUUGCAGGAUAUUGGCAACCUAUGUUGGUUCUUUGGCCAGAGACAGAGUAAUGACUUUUUGUUGCCCAUCCUCCCUGCUUUUCUGAAUGAUCGAGAUGAGCAGUUAAGAGCUGUAUUUUAUGGACAGAUUAUUUAUGUCUGCUUCUUUGUGGGCCAAAGAAGUGUAGAGGAGUAUCUUCUGCCUUACAUUGAACAGGCUUUAAGUGAUGCAUCAGAGGCUGUAAUUGUGAACGCAUUGGAUUGCUUGGCCAUUCUGUGCAAGAAUGGUUUCCUGCGGAAGAGGAUACUGCUUGAAAUGAUAGAGCGUGCUUUUCCAUUGUUGUGUUAUCCCUGUCAGUGGGUAAGGAGGUCAGCUGUCACCUUUAUUGCAGCUAGUAGUGAGAGUUUAGGUGCAGUAGAUUCGUAUGUUUUCCUGGUCCCAAUUAUACGCCCAUUCCUUCGCAGACAACCAGUAUCUCUAGCUUCAGAAAAGGCUCUUCUUUCAUGUCUAAACCCUCCUGUCUCAAGACAGGUAUUCUAUGAAGUCUUAGAAAAUGCAAGAAGUUCAGACAUGUUAGAGAGACAGAGGAAGAUAUGGUACAAUUCAUCAGCACAACCCAAAGUUGGGGAGUUAAAUCCAAUGAAGGGAUGGUCUGACAGGCCACAUGAUGUUCAGGGUCACAGACCUGUUGGCAAUGGAAUGGAACCACUGGAUCCAAGUGAAUGUGAUGAUGGGGAUGCUAGAAUUAGUGCUAUGGGUAGCUUUUUGCGCAAUGCUUCUGAUGCAGUUGACAGUCAUGAUUCUCUUUGCUCAGAAAAAUUACAGUUCUCUAGCUUUAUGUCUCCACAGGUUAACGGUUUGAACAGCUUAAUUUGUGAUAAAUCAUCAGAUGGCAUACCUUUGUACUACUUCAAGAAGGAUAAACGAGCCGUGACAAUUGCUCCACCAGCCUCUGACUCCUCGUUACAGUUCAACACUUUUGGAUUUGGUUCAUCAUCCACGCCUUGGAUGGAUCCAGUAAAUAAAUCAUUAGGCUUGGCUAAUUCGGUUCCAGCGCCUAAACUUGUCUCAGGCUCAUUCAGCAUUAAUAAUGGUUCUAAGCAGUUCCACAGAGUGGUGCAUGAGGCAGAAGGCAGGGAAAGUGAUCAAACAGCCUAUGUCAACAGCAAGUUUCAAGACCUGGGUAUGUCUAGCACAAUGAAAGGGAGUCCCAUUACAGCGGAAGAUGCCCCUACUCCAAAUGAUGUAACGGGAUUGCCAUCUUUCACACGAGGGUCAUCGAUCCCAGAUUCAGGGUGGAGGCCACGAGGGGUGUUGGUUGCACACCUUCAGGAGCACCGUUCUGCUGUUAAUGACAUUGCCAUUUCUACCGAUCACAGCUUUUUUGUAAGUGCGUCUGAUGAUUCCACUGUCAAGGUGUGGGAUUCCAGAAAGUUGGAGAAAGACAUCUCAUUUAGGUCAAGGCUAACUUAUUCCCUGGAGGGAAGCCAAGCACUAUGUGCUGCGAUGCUCCAGGGCUCUGCUCAAGUUGUCGUUGGAGCUUGUGAUGGCACGAUACACAUGUUCUCUGUUGAUUAUAUCUCCAGGGGACUGGGCAAUGUUGUUGAGAAGUAUACAGGAAUUGCCGAUGUCAAGAAAAAGAAUGUUGAUGAAGGUGCCAUACUCAGCCUUUUAAACUACUCAGCAGAUGUUGAUUCCAGGCAAAUGAUUAUGUACAGCACCCAAAACUGUGGGAUCCAUCUUUGGGAUCCGAUAACAAAUUCUAAUGUAUGGAAUUCAAAGGUAAAUCCCGAGGAGGGCUAUGUUUCUUCUCUGGUGACAGGCCCUUGUGGGAAUUGGUUUGUGUCCGGAUCUUCAAGGGGUGUGCUUACGCUUUGGGAUCUGAGGUUUUGUCUACCUGUCCACUCGUGGCAGUAUUCUGUUGCAUGCCCUAUAGAGAAAUUGUGUCUUUUUCUUCUGCCUUCAAACACUGCUAUAUCCACUGCUGCAAGGCCCCUUGUUUAUGUUGCAGCAGGUUGUAAUGAAGUUUCCCUUUGGAAUGCAGAAAACGGAAGCUGCCACCAGGUAUUGAGGGUGGUGAGUAAUGAUAGUGAUGCUGAAUUCUCAGAUCUUCCUUGUGCCUUGACCAGACCAUCCAGUAAAUCAAGUUCCAAACCAGAUCUAAGACGGAAUGUCAAUCCAAAGUACAGAGUUGAUGAACUGAAUGAACCUUCUCCGAGUCUUCCUGGUAUUCGCUCAUUGCUCCCCUUGCCCGGGGGAGAUUUGUUAACUGGUGGUACCGACUUGAAGAUACGUCGCUGGGAUCAUUGCAGCCCUGACAGGAGUUAUUGUGUUUGUGGCCCUUCUGUAAAGGGAGUUGGAAAUGAUGAUUUCUACGAAACAAAAUCUAGUUUUGGGGUGCAAGUCGUGCAGGAAACGAAGAGGCGACCUCUGGCAACGAAGUUGACUGCAAAGGCAGUUCUAGCAGCGGCUGCUACUGAUUCAGCUGGUUGUCAUCGUGACUCGGUUCUCUCUUUGGCAUCUGUAAAGCUGAACCAGCGACUUCUGAUAUCUAGCAGUAGAGAUGGGGCCAUCAAGGUUUGGAAGUAAAAAGGACGUAAUAUUAAGCUUUUUAUCAGUGAUUUAUUGUACAUAUUUGUUAAUGCAAAAUGCUAGUAGUUGAAGCUGUACAUAACAUAACAUCUACCAAGAAGAAUAGAAGAAGCUAAGUUAUAUAAUUCAGAUCAUGAACUCUUAUUUUCUAACCCCCCUUCCCACAGUUCCUAAUACAUCAACCCUGCCCGAUUUGUACGAUGAAAGAUAUGAAAUAUCAUAUAGUUUGAAUGUCAAAUUUUAUUUUAUUUUUUAAAAUUUUCA